AUGUUUGUUGCCCCGAGGCCCGAUGGUGGCGUCCCGGCAGAUUUCGACCCCCGUACCCCGCCCGUCGAGGUCCUACCAAGCCUCAAGGAGAUCCAAGAGGAGCUCGACCAGGACGACGAGUUCUCCCUAGAAGAAUACUUCGAUCGACUAGUCGACCAUCUUCGACGCGAUGCCAUCCGCCAUAGCUUCGACAAGGCGAAAUCGAAAAUCGAGGAUCUACUCCGCGUCGACUUAAUUGGCGGUGCCAUCAAAUCCCUCAUGCUCAACCGAUUAUUUCCCCGACUUUCUGACCAAGAUGCUGCAAGGAUGAAGACCCUCUGCCUCCUGGCAUACCACAUUAAUGAUCCGGCGGAACUGGCAACGGUCGCUUAUGCGCGAAGGCAUGUCUCCGUGCUGCAGCACCUCAUCACGCACCCGGGCCCUCGGAAGUCGACGUUCGACCUCAUGUGGACCGGGAUCUUGGCCAAGAGACGGGAGCCAAACCAAGCCUUCCAGCACUCCUCGGAUGGCCCAGAUAAUCGACUCCUAGAAUGGAAGAUGUGGACUGCGCUUCUCAAGUCUGGUUGGGUCCAUCAUCCCAUGGCCGGGAAUCCGGGGGGGAUCUAUUGGGGGCUGCAUUGGCUGGUCGAUUACUUCCAGCCAGACCCCGAAGCGCGUGCGUCGCCUUUUCUUGAGUACUUCUUGAAGGCCCUCAGCGAGAAUGGCAUCAUACUAGGCGUAUCUACGAUAUCGAGGUUCCUCUCCAUCAAGGAGGGCCAGAACUUCGAGAUGGUCCUCUCCCACUUCCCCAUCUCUGCCGCCACGGGCGGCGAUCUGAAAAAGGGCGACUCGGCCGAGCUAUUGCUACCCAUCACGCAGUGGGGGAGGGACAACCAGGAUAGACUACAAGUCGCGAGGCUGCUUCUCGAGCAAGGGGUCGACCCGGACGGGAAAGUGGAUGGGUUCGAGUACGGACUACCGGUCAAGCUCAUGGACCCGCAGUUGCACAAAGCCGCCGAGCUGGGGGACAUGCCCAUGGUCGAGCUGCUGCUGGGGUUUGGCGCGAGGAACGACGUCCUCGGGGGCAGAGACGACACUGCGGUGCAGCGGGCGCGGGCGAGUGGUUACGAGAAGGUCGCGGCGCGGAUAGAGCGGCAGUGA